AUCGGGGACUAGGGCCACGGGUCGCAAGCGCAACUGCAACGAGCCAGACGUGAUGAUGCUUUUUUCCUACAGCGCAAGACAACCAAACCUAACAUGUACAUUGCAUCUGGUCCUGCCGCGAACCGCGAUGAACGCACGGGCCUCUUGCGUGAACAGAAACUGCCGCGCCUCAUAACUGCUACACGUGGGCGCAAGGGUCUCUUGCGAUGCCUGCGCGUGCAGACGGGAACGACUAGGGAGAGCAGUCGGACGAAAGGGAGGAGGGGGAAGGGGAGGAAUGGGGAGGGAGGGAGGGAGAGACAGCAUGCGAGAGAGGGAAGGAUACAUACAAAAACACAUCGAGGUGUCAGGAGCUCUCCUGCACUCGUGUGGCAAUCUGGUGGCCCCUGGCCUGGCGUGCAUCGGGCCGAACUGUCCACCAGAAGCUUCGCCAUGCGCAAUCCUCGGCGGCCAGGGAGGCAAUGAUCCCAAUCUGCCCGCUGACUUGAGGCGCGCGCUGGGCAUGGCUGAGGCGGCCCAGGGAGGGCGAGGGAGCGAGAGAGAUAGAAAUAGAGAGAGAGAGAGAGAGAGAGUGGGAGAGUGGAGGCGCAAGGAGAACAAAGACGAGACAUCGGCACAACACGCAGACUUUCCCAGGGUCCAGCGCCGAUCCAGGAAACCCUCGCGGACGGCAGACAGUUGGUUGUGCACGUGGCGAUUUCUCGUCGUCGAGGUGAUGAAGCGGACCGCGACGGUCGCGAGGAGGACGAUGCUACUUGCAGCCCCAUGGAAACCUUGCCGCCACUAAACAUUGAACCUCUCUCACUGGUGCGGGUGGAACGACGAGGCCAUCUACGGGGCCACUCGUCCGCCGUUCUCGCCGAGGUUUCCGAGGUGCAGCGGGAAGCCGUCGAGCCCCUGCUUCCGCGCGGCGACCACGCUGAGGCGCUCCCCCGAGCCAUCGAACUGUAGACCUCGUGCGCGCUUGAACAUCGAGAGGUCGUCCAUCUUGUUCAGCAACUCCUUCGCCAUCUCCUCCGGGCUCUUGUUGGCGCCCUCGCCCCCCGGGAACGCGACCUCUCGCAAAGGCGGCUGAGCGGCGGCCGCGGCGAGCGCCCGUGUGCCGCUGGGGACUUGGGACUGCACCCAGCCGUGUGGGGUGCCGUUCCGGCGGGGGACGUGGCCAGCGGCGGCCGCGGCGUCCUGGUAGUUGUGGGCGGCCAUGGCGGGCCACUGUUCUUCGACGAUGGGUCGGAGGGCUCGGUUCCCGUCCCCGCGCCGGCCCCGAGCAGCUCCACUGGAACGGCGCGGCUGUCCUCGCGCCCUCGCACGGGCACCAAGGUUGAAGGGCAACUCUCUGGCCCAGGCAGCAGAAACGCGCGUACGUUUUCGUCGCUCCUGCGGGGGGGACCUGCCGGGAAGCUGGGAGCACACACGGGAGGGCUCGCACGUGAAGCGCCCCG